AGGGCGGGGCCAUCGCCGGGGUCACCGGCGCCGCCGCCGCCCGGGUCAGCGCCGCCGCUGCCGGGGUCACUGCCGCCGCCGCCGCCGCCGCCGCCGGGGUCAGCGUCACCGCGAGGCCCGCGCGCCGCCGGGGAAAAGUGCGGGAGAAGACGAGCCGGGCCCCCUGCUGGGUCCCGGGGCGGGUCCGCAGAGCCGGUGCGGCGGGAGGGAAGGUGCUGUCCUCGGGGGACACACGUGGUCACAGACACUGGGAACCCUCCCGAAAUCUAGAGAUUCCAGUUGGCAUCAAGUUGGCAGCCAGAUCCUAUACUUUGCCCCUGAGGAGCAGCUCUCAUAAGCGGCGGUGAGGAACCUGUGGUUCGGAGGACUGAUGGCUGUGAGCCCAGCUGGGAGGACGUUGGCACUGAACCACGGCGGUGUCUUUCGGAAGGCCGUGAGAAGCAGCGGUCUUUCCUUGUGUCCCUGGGGCCGCUGUGCCUGGAGAGGGAAUGGGAGCUUUCUGGACCCUGAGGUGAAGGCCUUCUUGGAGGAGAACACUGAAGUCACCAGCAGUGGCAGUCUCACCCCUGAAAUCCGGUUGCGGCUUUUAACCCCCAGAUGCAAGUUUUGGUGGGAAAGAGCUGACCUGUGGCCCCACAGCGAUCCUUACUGGGCCAUCUACUGGCCAGGAGGCCAAGCCCUGUCUAGGUAUCUUUUGGAUAAUCCUGAUGUUGUCAGAGGAAAAUCUGUGUUAGAUCUUGGGAGUGGAUGUGGAGCUACGGCUAUCGCUGCUAAGAUGAGUGGGGCAUCAAGGAUCUUGGCCAACGACAUAGACCCUAUUGCAGGAAUGGCUAUCACACUGAAUUGUGAAUUGAACCAACUGAAACCUUUUCCCAUUUUAACCAAAAAUAUUUUGGAUUUGGAACAAGAUAAGUGGGACCUUGUUGUGCUUGGAGAUAUGUUUUAUGAUGAAGACCUUGCAGAUAGUCUUCAUCAAUGGCUGAAGGAUUGCUUUUGGACUCACAAAACUCAAGUACUGAUUGGUGACCCUGGCAGGCCUCAGUUCAGAGGACACAGCAUUCAGCAUCAGCUGCACAAAGUGGUAGAAUAUUCUCUUCCAGAACCUACUAGGCAGGAAAACAAUGGACUGACAACAAGCGCAGUGUGGGAUUUCCAGCCUUGAACUGUCAAAUGCUUCCAAGUAUGGAUAGACCUAUGUUUGGGUUCAACCCUAGAAGAGUCUCCAGUUUGAAGAAUGCAGUUCCUGUGAAAUGACAAAUCUUGUUUUCAAAAUAUGAAGAUUUAGACUUUUGUCAUGUAUCUAGUUCUUUAUUAUGCCAAAUAUAUACAUCUUUAUCUGUAAUUUUUUUUCUAAUUUUACUACUAUCUACAUAAUAAAAACCCAGAGGUCAUAAUGCCUUAACUAUCAAAGAGCAGUCACCAGGAGGUGCAUUGAUGGGUACCAUGGUGCUGGCGGGACUUGAUGCUGGGUCCUACGGUGCACUGGGUCUAGGUCUCAUGUGACUUUGCACGCUGGGCCUCUAGUAGGAUUAUAAUUAUAGAAGGCAGUGCCCAGUGGUAGUAAAUUGUGGAGAGAAUUAGAUAUCGUAGCUGAGUUGGUUUCUGUAGUUGAGAACAACUAUGUGAUGUGUUGAAUUAAACAAAAAUAUAAAAUA